AUGCAUGAGACAGGCUCAUCGCCAUCAAGUCCAAUUCAAGAUAAUGAUAAAAUUCAUUUGAAUCAUCAAAAUCUUCACUCACGCACUCACAACCAUCAACAUUCCAACCUCACCACAUCGAGCACCCAACAAGAACAACCACAAUCAAACAACACCCAUGAUCAAAUCAAAUCAUCACAUAUUUAUGAUUCUGAAGAAGAAUCUGUCUUGUCGCUUCCUCCUGACUCGUCUGAUUCUGAUCUUGAAGAUCAUGAACACGACAAUCAGCUACAGGAAGCUCAUGUGAUCCAAGAAGAACACCAGCAAGGAGAUAAAGCAGUUGCCAUCAUCAGUGCACAUAGACAGACUUCUCCGCCGUCUCAGGCUUCAUCGCCUUCCAUCCUUUCAAACGGUAGUGAGCACCAACGAAAGCAACAGGAUGCAGCACUAGCGAAGGAUGAUCCGGUCUUGGCUAAUGAUGAAGGACCUCCAUACCUACCAACCAAGAUUGGUGAAUGGCGUUGCACAUAUUGUGGCGUGUUUGAAACAGAGUGUCGUAGGCGUGGCCCUAGGGAAUAUGAUAAGCUGUGCAACCGAUGUGGGGCUCGUUGGUCACGAGGAACGAUCUUGGAGGAAUAUCCAAAAGCUCUAUACCCAGGUGGAGGAGAAGGAGGGGCCCGCCGUGAAAUUGAUCCUUCCGAACUGGCUGACAAGGAACGAAUCAAACGUGAAGCAUCACAGCUUCGACGUUAUCGAUUGAGACGCUCAACUAGACAGCAGAGUAGUAGUAAGAGUAAUAACGAGGAUGAGAGUGCUGAUCUUUAUAUGUUUUAUGAAUAUGACGAUGAUGGUGCGGGAGGAAUCGCUGCGAGAUUAAAGUCUCGUCGUGGGCGAGGUGAACGUCAAAAGUCAGAAGUUGGCCUAGUAUAUUGGAAGUCAUCAUCAUCAGAACAUGCAUCCAAAAAGGUCAAGGUUGAAGAAGGAGAAGAGGAUACUUCUGACUCAACUCCAUUUGCUCAAUAUUAUGACGAGUUUGAUGAGGAUGCUGAUGACGAGCAAGAGUAUGAAGACGAUGAACACGUCAAAAGCAAGAAAAGGGCUCGUAGUCAAAAGAAACGAACGAAUACUACUUUGGCUGUAUCGAGUCGAGAAUCUCAUACUAGUACUAUGCCAUCAAAAGAGACAGCCCCUACUUCACAUAGUAAUAAUCAUCUUCAGAACUCUCAUCAGCAAAUUCCCAAUGAAAACGCUGAACAUGCUCAGCAGUAUUAUCAUACUACGAGCAUGCCACCACAACAAUCCUCAGCGGUUUAUAGUGGUAUGGCAGCUGAUCAUAGUCCGGUUCCUGCAACUCGAAUGAGCCAGAUGGCUCCUAUGAGUCCAGUACCACAACUUGGGCACAUGUCUGAGACACCUCAGACAUUUCAGAUGGUAUAUAUGAAUGAUUGGUCUCAUCCCGUGUCUCCAACACGUUAUAUGGAUCCAAGGAGCCGAGGGCACCAAUUGCUACCCUUAAAUCACACAACACAUAUACCACCUACGCUUACAUUGCCUCCGAUGAGUCAUGUCUCUCAAAUGGCUCAUAUGCCCUUGAAUCCCUUUCUGCAUGAACAACAUCAUCAGCCACAUAUACCACCACCACCUCAACGUUACCAUCAGUAUUUACCACAGCAACUACCACAAUAUCAUCAGUCCAUGUAUAACGGCGUAAUGGCUACAGAAACAUCGAUAAAAGUCGAACCGUCGUCGUCUAUUUGCGGGCCACGGGCCAAUUUGAAUGUAACUCUCUCAUGCCCGCAUGAUAUUGUCUUGUCGUCUGGUCCAUCAAAUCUCUUUUCGGCCAAUCAAUCGUCUUCUUCGGGUGGUAGAUCGGUGCUUGCGCCAACACAAUCUAUACCAUCAACUUCUAUUGCAGCUGGUGAAGAAUGGAGACUCUUUUCGGCAUCGUCGUCGCCUUCUGCAUUGUAUGGCCAGGGGGUUCGUCAAAUAACAAGUAUCUUGUGUGAAUGUCUCAAUAUCAACCCGUUGACUAUGCUUUGGGAAGCUGGGCAUGGGGGCCCACGACCAGACGGUUUCGAGAUUGAUGUAAAGAAUUUGGAUGAAGCUGGAGAAACGGGCACUCUGAAGAUUACUGGUGAAGAGUACAUCACAUCUUGGGCUAUUGAAGAGCCUCCGGAUCACCCUGGAAGCGGUCCUGCAAGGUGUGCUCUACUUGUCUCUGGUGCUACUGUGCAGAUUAUGGCCAUUGCUGUUGAUUCUGAGCUCCCAAAAGCACCUGAAGUUUAUCAUAUUAUGCUCAAAUACAAACCGAGCUGGGUCCCACUUCCAGUCAAGGAAUGGACUGAAGGCCAAGUCUUUGUCGAUGCUCUUGGAGUGAAGCAUACCUUUUAUAAUUCAUAUCCACCAGAAGGAAUCCAGGAAUUCCACAAGGAAAGGAAUCUGUUCAUUGAGUGA